AACACAACACAAUGUCCCUGGGUGGGGCUCGAACCUGGACUCGAAUCAGAGAUGAUUGCACUAAUCAUGAGGCGGCCACUGUGCCUCCAAAAAUCCCACUGGUAGUUUCACCUAAAGGUUGGACAUUUUGGUUACAAUUUCGUUUUGUUGGUUUAACACAGGUUGGUAUAGACUUCACAGCAUCUAAUGGUGAUCCAAAUCAUCCCCAGUCAUUGCACUAUAUGAAUCCCUAUGAACCUAAUGAGUACGUCAAGGCUCUGGUGGCUGUGGGAGAGGUCUGUCAGGACUAUGACACGGACAAGUAUUUUCCAGCGUUAGGAUUUGGAGCAAGAAUACCUCCAGCGAAUCAGGUUUCCCACGAGUUUCCGUUAAAUUUCAACCCCACCAACCCGUAUUGUCACGGUAUCCCCGAAAUCGUCGCUGCGUAUCAGAAUUGUAUUCGUCAAGUGCAACUUUAUGGCCCGACCAACGUCUCGCCGAUCAUCAAUCACGUGGUUAGAUUUGCCGAGCAGGCGGCCAAGGAAAACACAGCGUCGCAAUAUUACGUUCUGUUGCUAUUGACUGAUGGUGUGUUGUCAGACAUGGAGGACACAAAAGCCGCCAUUAUCAAAGCGUCUCGUCUCCCCAUGUCCGUGAUUAUCGUUGGAGUAGGUCAAGCUGAUUUCAAGGAUAUGAACGAACUUGAUGCUGAUGAAGGAAGGCUGAGAUGUGGCCAUCAUUACGCUGACAGGGACAUUGUACAGUUUGUGCCUUUUAGAGAAUUUAAAACGCAAUCUCCAGCAGUUCUUGCUAAACACGUGUUAGCGGAAAUACCCAAACAAGUUCAGGAGUACUUCAGCAAGAAGGGCCUCGCUCCCAUGCCACCAAAAGGACCAGCUCCUCCCUCCUUGGGAGCUCUUUAGUGUCUCAGUUUGACUUCAUUCGUGCAACUUCGGUUAAUCGAACUCACUCGAUUCCAUUAAUGUGGUUCACUGUAAGCUAUAUUACCAACAGCUUUCAUAGUUUUUACCGUUAUUAGCGAGAUAUUGCAGAAAAGCGCGACAGCGUGUCUUAAGAUUGAAUCUCAACGUCGUCGGUUUCCUACUGAAUUUUUCACUGUAACGACCGUUCGUUAUGAGCUGAAAUUAGGUGCGGUUCUUUUAUCAGAAAAAAAUGUGGUCUGAAAAAGCUGGAGAAAUGGGUAGGAUCGCCGAGUUUGUUCGUCAUAGCCGGAUGUUUGCUAUACCGGAAGUCGCUUAACCGGGGUUGCACGUCAGUUAAGCAUUUUACUUUAAGCUGCGUUUUAGAUCUUUUUCAUAAUACCAGGAAUUAAAUUAUUAGUCGCAUUAUCUGUAAUAUUUCAUCUAUACUUUAGAAAUUUCAAUGGGUGACUAGACACAAACAAGGAAGGGCUGUGUGUAAAGCGCUGAUUUGAUUUUUUUGUUGUUGUUGUUGAAUAUAAUCACGAAGCCAGCCUAACAUUCAUUUCCUUUCCGAGAGCGCGAUGGGCAGGUGACUGAUUGCGCACGAGUGAGAUCAGUCCCGUCUCUCGCCCCAUGCCUCUACCAAUCUAUUCGUUUCCAGAGGCCACGAUCCUUUUGGUCAGCAGUCGAGACCUCCGGGUGAAAUCAGGUGAGCCAGCAUUAAUCACAGCUGUUACUUUCUCCACGGACUUUUAGAAACCUUUAUUGAACCUGAACGCAUGCGCUCGAUGAAACUGGAAACAGGAUUAUUUGAAUCCAGUUUUCGAUUCGAGCCUUCGUUGACUGUAACGAAAACGCAAGGGCUCUGGGAACGAGAUUGUGUCUUCAUGAGUUCUCGGAAAGAAAACGACUGCUGCGCAGGCUCAUAGCCACGAUAGCAUAUUCGAAUGUAUCCAUAUUGCAUUCGUACCAAAUAUAGCUACUUAUAACGUAUCACAUAAAAUUGGUGAAAUUUCUCACGAGAUCAAAACUUAGAGAAUAUUAUCGCUGUUCAUGUUUUGAUAGAAUCAUAACACUAAUGAACGUUUGGGAAGAACGAGGAAAUCUGUGGACUCGGAUUUCCAGUCGCUGUUUUAAGUUGUUUCAAUGUUUUUAGGAGUGUUUUUAGGAGUGUUAUUGGUUUGAAUUAUGAUUUGUUUCUAUAAUGUAACUUUAAUUUUGCACGACGCAUUAACUUGUUACAAAGCACCCCCUCCCCCCUCCCGCCACCCCCUACACAUUCUUAGAAUUAUGAUAAUAUUCGACAGAAAUUUUGGAGCAGGAAAAUCGCUAUUUGAUUUUUGUCUCAUUUAAAGAAUUUCUAUCCGUUAUAUGCACAAAUAAUGCAGUCACAAUCACAAUUUGCGUAUUAUACAAUCUGCUGUACCGAAUUAGUACACCAGCAUUAGGAUCAACAAAUAAAAUUCAUGAAUUAAAGUU